UAGGUUGCCUGUAGAGUUUAGCGCCAUCUGACAAAACUGCAACAUCAAUCCAAAAAGCGUUACCUUUUAAAGAAGUAUUAUACAUACACAGUUUUACAUAUUUCACAACCUGGUAUUGUUACUUGCAAUUUUGAGCAAUAAGAAGAAUCUCUUUGUGUACAUCGUUUGGCUGUACAUGAUUUACAAAAGAACUUUUAUUAAUUACGGAAAUAUAUUGAAAUUAAAUGUCAUAACUUUAGGUUAAAACCUUGUCAAUACUUGCAUCGUCUAAAAUUUCUGUGAACACUUAAUUAUUGUCACUUGACUGGACAGCAUUUUACGCAGCAUCCUUCGAGAAUUUUCCAAAUAUUUUCACAUUGGUUCAAACAGUUAUUGAUUUUAUUAAGUACUUUGGGAAUAUAUACCUGUUUAAAUAUUAAAAAUUAUUUCUUUUUUGUAUUGUAAAUAACAGACUAACUUUCAAGGGAAAUUAUUAUAACUAUAUUUUUAAUCAAUUUCUACUUCAAACCUGUUCAAAGUUUGUAAUUUUAUAAAAAAGUGUGUUUUUGCAUUAACCGUUGUGAAAUUAAAAGAACACGAUUUCCUCGUUUGCCGCGUUUUGUUCCCCUUUGCAAAGAACCUAGUUCUGAACUGCAGUAUUUUCAUUUCGCUGAUCAAGAAGGACUUCUAAAAAAUCAUGGCCAAUCCAAGAGUCUUCUUCGAUAUUACCAUCGGUGGUUCACCAGCUGGGCGAGUUAUAAUGACCCUCAGAGCCGAUGUCGUGCCAAAAACAGUGGAGAACUUCCGUGCUUUGUGCACCGGCGAAAAAGGAAUUAGUUACAAAGGAUCUGCAUUCCAUCGUGUUAUCCCUGAUUUUAUGUGCCAAGGAGGCGAUUUCACCCGCGGAGACGGCACUGGUGGUAAGAGCAUCUACGGAGAGAAGUUCCGUGACGAAAACUUUACUCUCAAGCACACUGGCCCAGGAGUUUUGUCGAUGGCUAACGCUGGACCCCAUACGAACGGAUCUCAAUUCUUCUUGUGCACAGCCAAAACCGCCUGGCUUGAUGGAAAGCAUGUUGUUUUUGGUAAUGUAACCGAAGGUUAUGAAGUAGUGAAAAAAGUUGAGGGUGUUGGCUCCCAAAGUGGUACAACCUCUAAAAAAGUUGUGAUCGCCGAUUGCGGCGAACUUUAGAAUGGUUUAGCUUCAGGACCCUGCAAAAAAAACGUCAACUAACACAUGUAAUUGUUGGAACUGGUUAUAUAAAAUAUACAUGACUUAUAUUUUUUGAAAAUGUGUGACCAACAAAUUUAAAAUGUAUGUGUUAAAAGUUUCUGUAAAGUUCAGUGAUUUAAUAUUCAAUCAUGUUGCAUUUCAAAAUUAUUUGUGCUAGUUCCAUUCGAAAUGACUUCAUUUGUUUUAUGGUGCAAAUUGAAAGUGAAGCUGCUUGUAAUUGUAAUCCUGGCUAAAUUUUAUAUUUACACAACCUUGUACAAUAAACUGAAGUGCACAAAAUAUGUUGGCAG